AUGGACGCGUUUGUGACGCGCAAGAGAAAGCGGGGUGAGGUGGUCAGGCCGUCGGCGGCGACAACUACGGAGCAGGCUUCACUGCGAGCAGAGCAGCAGGGGGGAGAAGAGGAGGAAGAAUCUACGGACUUCAAGCUGGCUUUGCUAGCGUCUAUGCAUGGCCGUGUUGACGAGGCGGCCUUGCUCGAAGCGUUACUCGCGGCCAAUGGGGCAGUUGAGCAGGCCUCCCAGUACCUGACUCAGUCAUCCAGCUCGCCUCCGAGAAAGCGUCCUACACCAACUACUGUCGGAUAUCAGUCGUCUUUAAGCUCAUACCGUAUCCAACCGCCAAACAAUGGCGUAUCAGCGAAGAAGCCCGUGGUCAAGAAAGGCAAGACGCUGUUCCUGUAUAGCCCCGAAGACAUUGAAAGCCACACCCCAUGCUCCAUCAUCCACAAUUUCCUGCCGGCCAAGCAAGCAGACGCGCUGCUAUCACAGCUGCUGGAAGAUACUUCUACGUACCGGAAGUUCGAGUUUCAGUUGUUUGACAGGGUUGUCUUGAGUCCGCACACGUUUGCAUUCUACGUCAACAGUCUAGAAGAGGCCGACAAGCAAAAGACGGAAUAUGUCUACGACGGUCGCCAGAUAGAGGACGUCCGUCAGAGUCUCCCAGAGAUGCUAAAGGCAUGUCCGCAGGUCGAAGAUGCCGUCAACCGCGAGGUCCAGCGCCGAAUCCGUGACUUCUAUCCACAUGGCAAAAAACUCAGGUUCCAAUCACCACAUCCGUGGAAAGCAAACACGGCCUUUGUCAACUGCUAUGACGGGCCCCAGCAAAGUGUCGGAUACCAUGCCGAUCAACUCACGUACCUGGGUCCCCGUGCCAUCAUCGGAAGCCUGAGUCUAGGGGUAGCGCGCGAAUUCCGCGUGCGCAGAAUUGUCGCCGAGGACGACGACGAGUACAGCAAGGAAGAUGGAUCGCUGGCAGAUGCCCAGGGCCAGAUUAGUAUACAUCUCCCGCAUAAUUCGCUGUUGAUCAUGCAUGCCGAUAUGCAGGAGGAGUGGAAACAUUGCAUUGCGCCUGCCCAAGCCAUCGACCCCCAUCCGCUGGCCAAGAACAAGCGGAUCAAUAUCACGUAUCGUUGUUACAAGGACAGUCUGCAUCCAAAGUACACGCCCAAGUGUAAGUGUGGGGUCCCGACCGUGCUGCGCUGUGCAACGAGGAAGAAGGAGUCGAGGGGGAGGUACAUGUGGAUGUGUCAUGCGGGAUAUGUGCCUGGCCAGAAGGGCUGUAGCUUUUUCCAUUGGGCCGAGUUUGACGAAAAUGGGGAGCCACCGUGGGCUUGGAAUGAGAGAAAAUAA